UCUUGCCAAAAGUUUAAUCAAUAAUUAAUACAAUGUCACUUGGAUUGACCUUUGACUGUUGACUCGCACAAUGACUAAUGUGUAUCAUUUUGGCAAGAAAUGGCAAAGAAAGGAGGAGUGCAGCAGCUUCAAGCGGACAUCAGCAGCGACGAGGAGUUUGAAAAGUUUCUGCAGCGACCUGGUUUGCUCGUCCUGGAUAUAUACUCCGAGUGGUGUGGACCAUGCUUGGGCAUGGUGGGUAGCCUGCGUAAGAUCAAGCUCGAGCUUGGUGGCGACAACUUGCAAUUGGCUAUUUGCAAAGCUGGCUCCAUAUCCCAUCUGCAGCGUUUCAAUAAAAAAAGUGAGCCCACUUGGAUGUUUGUUGCAAAUGGCAAAGCCAUAAAUAUAAUGUUUGGCACGGAUGUGCCCAAGCUGGUUGCCUUGAUAACCAAAGAGCUCGAGCUGACUAUUGCCAAGGAGCCCCAUAUUAGCUACGAAAUAACAGAGCUGCAGCCCAUAGAGCUGGAACAGUUGCGUAUUAAGAAUGAAGCUCUUGCGCUGGCGGAACGUAUUGAAUUGGAGGAUUCGAAAAAGAAGCGCAUCGAGUAUUUGAGAUUUGUCACAGAUACCAUAAUAGAGAACUUGCCAGAUAUUGGCAUAACCGUAUUUGGCCCGCAGGUGAAUCGUGAUAUGUUCAAAAAGCUUUCUGAACCAGCGGAUCCAUUGAAAAUUCAAUGUAAAGAUCGCAAAGUAUUUGCAAUUACUCAAAGUGAUUUCAAUACCGUUAAUUUUGCGGCGGAAAAUCCUUUGCCCAGCGAAGUAAUAGAGUAUCUAUAUGAUAAGGAGCUGCUCAUGUGUUUCUGGAAGGUAGAGGAGUCUCUGGGCACACCGACUAGUGUAUUAAAGCAGUAUGAAAUUGAGUUGACCAAGGAGAAUAUCAAGCCACCCGAUGAGUUCAAUGAGGAGGAAACGAUUUUACCCCCGCUAAUAAUACCCUUGGAGGUCAGUGUGGUAGUUAAAGUGAAGGAAAAAUCAGCAAGCGAGGAACACUCUGAAGCAACAGAAACUGCAGCUGGAGGAAGCAGUGAGGAGCAGCGUACAGCAUCAAAGGAUUCGCCUGACAAGGAGGAUGCACAGCAAUUCAAGCUUAUAAAAGUUCCACCCAUAUGGGUGCCCACAGAUCAGCGCACACAUGCGGCGCUCAUUUAUACGUAUUUUCGUGGACAAACUACGGGAUUUCUGCCACCAGACCCUUCGCCGGAGCCACCCCAUAUUAUAAUGACAUUUGACGCCUAUAAGAAAAAGGAUCUAAUGAAUCUUGUGGACAGUUGCCGCGAUGAUAUACCGCUAUAUGGAUUCUUUACCAGCGAUGACACUGAGACAGCUGCUUUCAUUGCUAAUUCUGUGGACAAAUACAAUGCCAAGACCUAUGUGCCCACCGAUAAAAUAGUGCUCAAAGUCAAUAAAAGUCAGAGUCAGACGAUACAAUUGCUGAUGGAAUAUGGUCCCAAUUAUGUAAGUCCAAACUCUGUUGAAGGUCACAAGGAAGCCGGCAAGUUUUUCCCACCCAAUUAUAAGUCGGCGUUGCAAGAAGAAGCAGAACUACACGCGGUUAAGGCCGAAAAGCCCAAGAAACGCAAAAAGAAUAAGAAGGGAGCUGACGCCGAAGACAGCGGACAGGCGAACGCAAGUGCACAGGAUAAUCUGCAGGAGGCAGACGAGGCGGCUAAAACGUCACCAGAAGAAGGUGCUUCAACCACCAGCAGUGGUGAGGAUAGCUGCGAGAGUCGUCCGCCCACAGCCGAUGGCAAUAAUCUGCCAAAUGAUGGAGCACAGCCAUAGACAGAAUA